AUGCAGUUGUUCAGCACGGACAUCGACUAUGAAGGCUUCCGGUGGUUUCUGGACACCUUCCUCGAGGUGUCCACUCCUGAUGAGCUCACCAGACACCUAUUCCUUUCGUUCGUGCGCCGCGACCGGCGCCCGGCGCUGCGUGAGAUGGCGGCGGCGAGCUCGGCCGCCGCGUGCGCCGCUGUCACGGCCCAUGCUGACCAUCAGGGCAAGCUGAGCCUGGCCUCCAAGAUCCACGGCCUGGCGGAGAGGCUGCAGCAGCUGGGCAAGAGCUCUGGGGAUUCCGUCGAUGGCAGCGACAAAGGAUCUAGGAGUAGAACUGGCAGCGUCCACCCGAUGUUCACCGUGACCACCCACCCUUCGUACUCCUCGCACGAGCUGUGCCUGGAGCGGCGCCACGAGACCAGUCCCAGCCACAGCCAGAUGUCCAGGAACUCCAGUCGGAAGAGCAGCAACUCGCUGCGCGUCAAUCAGUCCACCAAGAUCGAAGACUUCAAGCACCUCAUGCGUCGUCCGUCCACUAUAGAAGUCCACACCGCGCGGGUAUCCCUUAAGGAUAUCGUCUGCUACCUGUCCUUGCUGGAAGCUGGCAGGCCUGAAGACAAACUGGAAUUCAUGUUCCGUCUGUAUGACACCGACGGGAACGGAGUCUUGGACACCAACGAAAUGGACUGCAUCGUCAACCAGAUGAUGACCGUCGCCGAGUACCUGGGCUGGGAGACUUCGGAAUUGAGGCCUAUUCUGCAAGACAUGAUGGUGGAGAUUGAUUACGAUGCUGAUGGCACCGUCUCACUGGAUGAAUGGAAAAGAGGAGGAAUGACCACAAUCCCACUGCUGGUCCUAUUGGGCUUGGAUACGAAUGUGAAAGAGGACGGGGAACAUGCGUGGCGAUUGAAGCAUUUCAGCCGGCCGGCGUACUGCAAUCUGUGUCUUAACAUGCUGGUCGGGCUCGGCAAGAAAGGACUCUGUUGUAUAUUCUGCAAGUUCACAGUGCACGAGCGCUGCGUGCAACGCGCGCCGGCGUCGUGCAUCGCGACAUAUUCCAAGUCGAAGCGCGCGUCUGCUGCGCUAGCGCAUCAUUGGGUCGAAGGUAACUGCCACGGAAAAUGCGCGCGGUGUCGAAAAAAGAUAAAAGGGUACAACGGCAUCACAGGCCUACACUGUCGGUGGUGUCACAUCACUCUGCACAACCGCUGCGUGGGUUCAGCGGGCGGCACGUGCCAGCUAGGGCGGCACGCGCGCCACAUCCUGCCGCCCACCGCCAUCCGCCCACUAGUGUUGGACCGCCAGCGAUCGCUACCGCAUCACGCGCCGCACACGCAGAAAUCAAUCCCCACCUCAAUAUCGCUGCCUAUCUCCAUCUCAGCACCUCCAGAAGAGAAGAAAGAAGAGAAAAAAGAACACCGAGCCCCGCCCAUUUCGUUCCAAAUCACGCCGCCAGAUGGCAGCUGUCCUUUACUGGUUUUCAUCAACCCCAAGUCAGGGGGACGGCAAGGGUCCAGGGUACUAAGGAAGCUGCAGUACAUUCUGAACCCUAGGCAGGUCCAUGACAUCGCUAAAGGAGGCCCUAUGCAGGGUCUCCAGAUGUUCAAAGACGUGAAAAGCUACCGCGUUAUUUGCUGCGGUGGUGAUGGCACCGUCGGUUGGGUGCUAGAGACUAUGGAUAAGGUUCAGAUGGAAACGCAGCCUGCAGUGGGGGUGAUCCCCUUAGGUACGGGGAACGAUUUGGCGCGAUGUCUGCGGUGGGGUGGGGGGUAUGAAGGAGAGUCGAUCCACAAGAUAUUAGACAAGAUCGCUCACGCAAGCACCGUCAUGAUGGACCGAUGGCAGAUUGACGUGGAAAAUACUGCGAUGGAGUGCGAUCUACCACAGCUGCCACAGUCCGUCUCUCACCCGACCACGGUUCCGUACAACAUUAUUAAUAACUACUUUUCUAUAGGAGUGGACGCGGCAAUAUGCGUGAAGUUCCACACCGAGCGGGAACGGAAUCCGGACAAGUUCAGCUCCCGCAUGAAGAACAAGCUGUGGUACUUCGAGUAUGCUACGUCAGAGCAGUUUGCUGCUAGCUGCAAGAACUUGCACGAGCACAUUGAUAUUGAGUGUGACGGCUCAUCGCUGGAACUCAACAAAGGGCCGGCUCUGCAAGGGGUGGCACUUCUGAAUAUACCAUACGCGCACGGGGGGUCCAAUCUAUGGGGGGCCAGCGGGGCCCAUCGGCGGGGGCGCUUCCCUAACGCACAGCAAGAUAUUGGGGACAAGCUGAUCGAAGUCAUAGGUCUAGAGAACUGUCUACACAUGGGACAAGUGCGGACAGGUCUACGUGCAUCGGGUCGGCGACUGGCCCAGUGUAGUUCUAUCACCAUCACUACCAAGAGGACAUUCCCCAUGCAAAUCGACGGGGAGCCGUGGAUGCAGCCGCCGAGCAAGAUAACGAUAACCCACAAAAACCAAGUACCAAUGCUGAUGGGACCAGCCCCAGAGAAAGGCAGGGGAUUUUUCAAGCUCUUCACACACUGCUAACCGUCUCUUUUACACCGCGAAAAUUUACAAAAUACUCUGAGAUUUUUAUCUACCCUCGGAUACAAAUUAUACUAAUA